AUGGACUCCGUAUUAAGUUACGUGUUCCUUCUAUUGGCAAUGACCUCGUUCUACAUGAUGUACAUCUCGCUAUUCAACAAUGGAUUUUUCAAUCUUCUCUCGCAUCAGCUGGCGACUAGAGCGCUUCCUGGGGAAUCGGAUAUUGCUCUUCUGUCUGAAUAUACUGGACUAAAGGCUUUCGAUGGUAUACUAGAAAGUAUUGUUAUCUUCUUUUGGCCCAUCAGUCAGGGCCACCAUGUCGGCUUAUCCCUGACGGGACUGAGCUUUUCAGGAGGUAUGGUUGGCAUCUGGAUGAUCGUUGUGGUCUAUAUCUGUCGGACACGUUCAUUCACGCGCGGCAUGGUAAUGUAUUGCACAGCAGGCAGUUGGUCCUGGAAUUGUGAUACCAUGUUACUUUGCCCUAACCUCUAG